AUACCCUACAGAUACUUUAGGGUGAUUCUUUCUUGGAUACUUUUCUCGCAGCUGCUCCUAUUUUUCACGCACAUGAGCCGCGCAUGCGCCGCCUACGUCAGAGCGUUGACAGCGCUUGGUCCAAGCAAGGUUUGAUUCACACGCGAUUCUUAAAGGGCACACGACUUCCGUCUUCAACCUCACGAGAUUCCAUCCACACGAUCACUUCCACCUAUCUGCGAUUCUCCCUCCAACUCUGCAUCAGCAAAGAUGUCGUACGCAGCAGCGGCAGCUAAGGGACCCAAACAAACCGCGGAGGAGAAACGCGCCCCUGCCCCUCCCCAAGUUGAGCCCAGCGACUCGCCCUCAACCUCCUCCCUGAUAGACGUUGACAGCGACUCAGUGCGCACCGUCCCCUCCGACUUCUCUGAGCAACCCAUCCAAACCUCCACACAAUUCGAGCGCAUCGAGCACGAAGCCGAAGCGGCGGAGGCUCGCGCCGAGGAAGCUGCUAAGAAGGCCAAGGCCGCCGCAUCGAAGGCCGCCAAGGACGCAAAGGCCAAGGCCAACAAAGCUGCCGGACGAUUCGAGGCAAACUCUGAUAACCCGGUCUUCAUUGGAAAUGCGGUUGCGGUAGUCGCUCUGAGUGCUGGGUUGGGCUUUGGUGCUUACCGGAAGUAUGCUGCGGGCGAGUUGAGCUGGAAAGUCGUUGGUGCUUGGACUGGAAUCGUGGGGCUCUUCGCUCUUGGAGAUUACUAUUUAAGCUCAUAUUUGUUCAAGAACAAGUACCCCCCGAAGAAGUAGAUACGAGAUGAUGGUUACGGAGGCACGACAUUUCUUUGGCGCAGGUGUGGUGGUUUGGUUGAUUCCAUGAGCCUUUCACGUCACAGUAGACUCUCAGCUCUUGAUUCAUGUCACUUUGUGUUUUUAUAACAGCUUUAUUGAUCCACGAAUGUCUAUUUUGGGAUUCUUCACGGGUGAAGGAAGGACCGAAUAAGAGGGGAACAGUCAAAUCUGUCUUUACUUUCCCUUGCUUUCUGACGACUGAUUGUCGAGUUCAUUUCUACCCCAACCUCUGCCCAUUGUGCUCUCCCCGAAAGUUC